AUGCCUGAUCCUGCUGAUAACAAAGAGGCCCGCAAGAGGGCCAAACGCGCGAGCGAUGAGAGAGUGAUCAAGGAACGGCAAAAAUGGCAAAAGCGGGAGCUUGACCCGGCUGACAGCAGCGACCUGGCGGAGGCCGCGCCACUCGCUGAGGCGGCAGGCGCCCAGAUCGCGCCUGUCGCUGAGGCGAGUGCCGGAGACGAGGGGGGCGCCGCGGAGCGUCCCGCGGAGGCGGACGAGGGCGCCGCUGCCGCGGCGGCUGCCGGAGACGAGGGGGGCGCCGCGGAGCCUCCCGCGGAGGCGGACGAGGCCGCCGCUGCCGCGGCGGCUGCCGCGCCCGACCCCCGCGCCUGCGCCCCCUCUGAGGAGCGCGCCGGCCCCGCGGUGGCGGAGCCUCCGCUCGACGAGCGCGGCGGCGCGGCGGCGGCGGACCCCGCGCCCGCGGCGGUGGCCCCCGCAGCCGCCUUCGCCCCCGCGGCCGAGCCGCCGCCGGCGGCGCCUGCAGCGCCCGGGACGGCCGCGACGAACGCAGAGGAGCCGCACUGGACGGUGCUGCUCCUCCAGGCUUCCGCUCUCGUCCAGCGGGCUAAAGAGCUGCGCGACCAGGAGCGCGCCGCUCAGACCGCGCAGGCCUUUGGCGUCGACACGGAGCUCCCGCCGCGGACCCCUGCCCCCAACGGCGCCCUCGACGGCCUCCAGAGCGCGGGCAAAGGCAAGGGGCCGAGCGCUACCGUCAGCUUCGGCAUCCUCCGCGGCCGCCCAUGGGCGGACGUGCCGAAGGAGCCGAAGGGGGGGGGGCAGGCCAAGGAGAGCGGGCGCGCCCGCGUCGCCUGGACGGAGGGCCUCGACGGAACCGCUGUCGAGGCUCGCGACGCCUGGCGCGAGGGCAAGCGGAAAGUGCACGAGGCCGUCGCUUUCCUGCCCAAGAAGCUCGCGCUCCAGGACCAGCUGCGCGGAUCGCCGUGCUCCCGGCUGUUCGUUCUCGGCCUGCCAGGUUCAGGGAAAUCGGAGGUCAUCCGGUGGCUGUGCGACGAGGGCGUGGGGCUGUUCCCCACGUGCAUGGGAUGGGAACACGAGGUGCACUUCAUCAAGACCGCCCCAAUGAAUUCCAUGGCGAGCAACAUCGGUGGGCGAACCAUCCACAACUUCAGCAAGCUCGGAAUCGACCUCAUCACGGGAGUCCAGUCCGGCGGGAAGAAGGACCCGGAGUUGUCGGAGAACAUGCUGCACACGAAAAUCCAGCACAUGCGCUGGCUCAUCAUCGACGAGGUGGAGAACGUGUCGGUGGAGCUGCUGGACGCCGUGCACAGGCAGGUGAAGGACUCGACGAGGGACAAGGGAAACCCCUGGGCCGUGGACGCGCGCGUCCCAAAACAGUUCGCCAUGUUCGGAGGGCUCAACCUUGUGCUGCUCGGGGACUUAUGGCAGAUCCCGCCCGUCAGGAGCCUCAGUAUAGCCGCCAAUCCAUUUGUCAAGAGACCCGCCAACGUCGGCCGCAUAUUGGAGAUGUUCUGGACACAGGGCUUGCCGCACUCGGUGACUAACCGCUACGCCCUGACCCAGUCGCACCGCUGCUCAGACUUGUGGUGGAGAAGCUUUCUCGCGGAAGCGCGCGCUGGGGAUCUGUCGGACAGGAUGUACGAUUUCGUCCACGGCUUCUCGACUGAUGUGCCCGGCUCCUGGAUGCCCGCAAGCCCCGGCAGCGCCGAGGCCUCGACGGGGCACCUCGGCUGCGGGAAGGCGAAGUGCCGCGCGCUCUGCGGUGCCAGACAGCGGGAGGUGAGCACGGCGUUCGCGGACGCGCUGUUCGUGCACCCGUACAACGCCCCGAAGAGCAGGAUUCUGACGCUGCGAGCGGCGAAUGCGGCAGCCAAUGCUGGGAAGCAGCUCCUCUGGGUGGUGGCGCGCGAUGUCCCCCUCACUCGGGACGACGCAUGCAGGUCGACGGAGUCGCUCGCCCACGCCAGGCAGAAUUGGCUCAUGUACCCCGAGAACAAGACUGGCGGAGUUCCGGGUGUGCUGCCGAUCUUCGAGGGGAUGCGGGCGCGGUUCACCGCCGCGGAGAAUGCAGAGGCGGGAGCCUGCAAGCACUCCUGGGGUACCGUGACGGGCUGGGUCCUCCACCCCGACGACUCGAAGUUGGUGAAAGACCACAGGUCCGAGCCGGAGCUGGUCCUGCAGCACGUGCCCGAGGCGAUCAUGGUGCAAAUUCCCGGGAAUACGGCGCCCCGCUUUGGGAAUCAGCCCGCGGGUGUCUUCCCCGUGAAGCAGAAGGAGGUGUCCUGGGAUCGUAGUCCUGGCUUCAAGGCCAUGGUGAAGCGCGCGGGGUUCCCGCUGGUCCCGCACUUCGCCGCCGCGGCCCACUGCGUCACCGGCGCCACGCUGCCGCAGGCCAUCAUCGACCUCCUGGACGCGCGCACGACGCCCCGUUCGUCCAUGGUCCCCACGGGCUACGUGGCCAUCAGCCGCACCAGGAGGGCUGACGACCUGAUUAUCACGCAGCCCUUUUCGCCGAUGCUUUUCCGGCAGGGGCACCAGACUGGCCCGUGGCUCCUGCGCUCCAUGACAGCCGGGGAGUUGACGACGGAGCAGGCGAAAGCCGGCUGGGCCAAGGCAGAGAAGGAAGCGGCUUCCAAGUCGUCCAAGAAGGUGGUGGACGCCACGUUCCAGUGCGGCGACUGCCACCAGCGGAAGAGAGCGGGGAAUUUCCCAGGCAGUGGCAUGAGAACGAGCGACCCCGUGGACCACGCCGUGGCGGUGCUGAGCCAGGGCGCCUGGAGGAGGUGCGCCCUCUGCGUGCAGAAGCAGGCCGGAAAGGCUGGAAUCGGCGUGCAACCCGCCCGUUCCGCCCCCUUCUCCUCGAGAGGGGCGGGCGUCCUCGAGUGCUGCAAGUGCGGGAAGCAAAAGGCAUUGGUCCACUUCAGACUCGGAGAGGUGAACGACCUGAAGGCGCGUGGGGACCUCGACCGCGCCGUCUGCAUCGGCUGCGCUCCAAAUCGGCUGCACUUCAACGUGCAGUCGGAAGUCCGCCUGUUCAAGUGCGCGCAGUGCGCGGUCCAGAAGCCGACGGAGGAGUUCGACGAGACAUUCUUCAAGCAGCACCGCGGGGCGAAGGACCUGAUCUGCGCUGACUGCAUGGACAG